AUGACAGGUUUUCACUCCUGUUACUUAGAGCAAUUAAGAUUUUGCUAUCGUGUGCUCGAGGACUGGGUUCGCCACAACCACCUCCGGCCCUUCCCCGACUCGGCUUCAGUCAGCAGCCCAGACACUGCUGCCACUAUGGUCGGGCGUCUCAAUACCAAUGGUCAUUCGCUCACUGGUCGUCUGCCAGCCGGCUGGCCUCUGGCUAACAGCAUAUAUUCAAUUUGUCAAACUCCGGUGCUGGCGCUGCCUCCUCGACUGGCCACUAUUGCUGUAUCGGCCGCCAUGGCCAAAGAUACUGGUGGUGUCAUGGGCUCUUCUCCACCGGGUGCCCGUCUUACUCAUCCAAGACUGGUUGGUGAUGCUCACUUCGAUGCAGAGCGAGUCUCGCACUUGCCUGACGCUAACAGUAGCAACGUUGGAGACCUACAUGAGGUGGAGGCAAAUUCUCAGACCCAAGUCCCAACAUUUUACCGUUAUUUCGAGGAUGAACUGCAUUAUCUGGCUGCAAAGCCGUUCUAG